AUGUCUAUCGAGAUCGAUCCCCCCGAGCUAGGCUUCAAGCGGCCUUUCAACCACGAAGUAUGCCAGGUCCUGCAUCUUCACAACACGAACGAAGAAGCGGUGGUGUUCAAGGUCAAAACCACCGCCCCUAAGCAUUAUUGUGUACGCCCCAACUCCGGCCGUAUCGAACCCGGCAAGCAAGUCGAUGUGCAAGUUCUGCUUCAGGCUAUGAAGGAGGAGCCGGCAACGGAUGCAAAGUGCAAGGACAAGUUCCUGGUCCAGUCCGUCUCGGUUAGCCCAGAUAUGGAGUAUGCAAAUGUCACCUCAAUUUUUGAGAAAUCCGCCAAGUCGUCGGUGGUGGAGCGCAAGAUCCGAGUGCUCUGGUUGCAGUCAGAUGCGACUUCGACAUCGAGCCAGAAUGGCGCAAAUGAGACGACCGUGGACGACGAGCCUCCGGCAUACACGUCCCCCGGUGGAAACUUCGAAACCCCUGCCCCCGGCUUGUCGAAGAAGAGCGCCAACGACGCAUCCCCGAUUCCUCCCCCCGAUUUUUCCGAGAAGCCUAAGUCUGAAACCUCCCCCAAGAAUGAACCUGCUCCUUCCUCCAUCUCCAACGCCAAGUCGGCCGUGGCCAGUGCUCUACCCUCCAGCGACGAGCUCAAGGGCCAGCUUGCCGACGCAAACGCGCAGAUCCAACGACUCAAGGACCGACUCGCAGACCAGGGAUUGCGACAGCGGAAGACGGGCGGCGAGGCGACGACACCCCCGGCCCCGAUGCAGCAGCAGCACGCGCAGACCGAAGCGGGUGUGCCCAUCCAGAUCGUGGCAGGGUUGUGCCUGCUCAGCUUCUUGAUCGCCUACUUCUUCUUCUAG